AAUCCGAUGCUUGGGGGUUCUGCCUGACCAGUGACCACCACGGCACCACUCAUCCUAGAUUCCUAGCCGCACGCGCUGGGCACACGGUCGUUGUGAACGGAUGAGUGAGGCGGAGUGAGCAACGGGACCCCCACAUGGCGCCACCGCCGCUGCCCCUCUUCUCCCCGUCCCUAAAGGCCCCGCCGCCGCCGCCAUGGCUCCACGGGUCCUCUACCCAAAGCCGCGACUCCGCACCCCCGGUGCCUCCACUCCCCGCCGAGGCAACUCCUUCCAAGUUCCGCAUCGACAGCCCCAAACCGGCACCGGCAAGGAAAAACACCAAAACAGCAGCCAAGCCCCUCACUGCCGGAGUCCCCGGGGGCCGCACCCACCGAGCGGUCCUCGGCAUCAUCCGGCGCGUCCGCUCCCUCGAGCUCUCCGAUGCUCCGAGUCCGAAUUCCGUCCACACCAGCAACAGCGGUGCCGCCGCCGCCGCAUUCCACCUUACGAUCGAGCUGUCCCCGCCGCGGGAACCAGGCCAAUAUGUGGUUGAGAAGGAGAAGUCACGGGCUGUUCCGUGGGCGGCUGCUAGGGACGAGGGCCUCAAGGUUGCGCUGCGGCGGGAGAAGAAGCCGCGGGAGCCGACGCGCGCGGAGACCGAGCUGGAGACCCACGAGCUGCAUCGCCUGCGGCGGUUGGCGCGUGGGAUAGGCAGGUGGGCGCGGGCCAAGAAGGCCGGAGUCACCGACGAGGUAGUCAAGGAGGUGCGAAGGGAAUGGGCCAGUGGUGAGGAGCUCGCCGCCGUGCGCAUAGUCGAGCCACUCCGCCGGUCCAUGGAUCGCGCCAGGGAAAUUCUUGAGAUUAAAACAGGAGGCUUAGUUGUGUGGACAAAAGGAGACAUGCAUUUUGUCUACAGAGGAAGCAAAUAUCAGCAAAACGCAAAGCAUAGUCACACUUUUCUAACUAAUGUUCAUAAAGGUUAUCUAGUAAAACAUAAUGUUCAUACAACCUUACUUAAGUAUGGGAGCAUUGGUCCAGUGUUAAUCAACAAUUAUGGUGAAGCAGAUGAUGCUUUUCAAGAAAAUGAUCAAAGCAUUUGUGGCCAGAAGGAUGAAGAACCUGUCAAGGGUACACUAUAUGAGAGAGAAGUCAAUAGACUAUUGGACACUUUGGGCCCUCGAUUUGUUGAUUGGUGGUGGGACACACCAUUACCUGUUGAUGCUGAUCUCCUCCCAGAGUUUGUUCCAGGCUUUAAGACUCCAUAUAGGCUGUGCCCUCCUGGGGUGAGACCAACACUAGCUGAUGAGGAGCUGACAUACUUGCGCAAGCUUGCACGCCUUUUGCCAACACAUUUUGCCCUUGGUAGAAACACAAGAUUGCAGGGUUUGGCUGCUGCUAUACUGAAGCUUUGGGAGAAAAGCCUUAUAGCAAAAAUUGCAGUGAAAAUAGGUAUCCAGAAUACAAACAAUGAACAAAUGGCAUGGAACCUCAAGCAUCUUACGGGAGGCACUGUUAUAUUGAGAAACAAGGAUUUUAUUAUUCUAUAUAGAGGCAAGGAUUUUCUUCCUGGUGGAGUUGCUCAAACUGUCAUUCAACGAGAAGCUCAGGUACAUGAUGAACAGGUGAAGGAAGAGGAAGCCCGACUGAAAGCAGUUGACUCACUUCAGAUGGUUGGUGAAUUAUCUGAAGAAAGUUCUUUAGGAACUUUCAGGGAGUACCAGGGUUUCCAUGCUAAGUUUGUGCAUGAAAAUACUGAAAACUCUAACACCAUGAUUGAACUAGAGGCUGAGAAGUAUAGAUUGGAAAAGGAACUGAAAGACCAUGAGUGGAAGCUUUCCGUUCUCAACAAGAAGAUUGAAAGAUCUAACCAGGCACUGGCAAAGCUUCACAGUUCUUGGAGCCCUUCAGAGCAGUCUGCUGAUAGAGAACACUUGACAGAAGAGGAAAAAAUAAUGUUCCGCCGGAUUGGCCGCAAAAUGGAUGGGCUUGUUCUCCUAGGAAGGCGUGGUAUCUUUGAUGGUGUAAUUGAAGAGAUUCAUCAGCACUGGAAACAUAAAGAGGUUGUGAAAGUAAUUACAAAACAGAAUCAAACUCGACAGAUCAUGUACGCCGCGAGUCUGCUCGAGGUUGAGACAGGUGGGAUAUUAAUAGCAGUAGAAAAGCUCACAACCAGCCAUGCCAUAAUACUUUACCGUGGAAAAAACUAUCGCCGCCCAGCAAAAUCAUCAUUUAGUAAUCUCCUAACAAAAAGAGAAGCGCUCCGAAGAUCAAUCGAGGUCCAACGACGAGGGUCAAUGAAAUACUUUGUUCGGGAGAGACAGAAGUCCAUUUUGGAAUUGAAAAGGAAACUGAGGUAUGUGACAAGGCAAAUCAGGUAUCGAACCCCAUGAUCAUGAAGAGUUUGGAUAGCAUGGUUAGUAAAUGAUAGUUAGAAUUUGCAAUAAUGACUGCAUCCAAUUUUUUUCCUUAAUAUGGGAUAGCCGUGUAAACUGUGAAGCCCAACAUGAACAAUUCUGAAGUGUACAGAUUAUAUAAUAGUGUCUGUUGUACAUAUGUGACACUUUUGACUUUACCCAUAUUUCAUGAAACAAGAGAUUUUUUUUUCUGCUUUGGUAUAA